CGAAACCUGUGAUGGGCCUCUGCGGGAAAUGUAGCCAGGAACUUCACGAGACUGUCACGCUCAGCAGGGGAUCAACGUGAACAACACCUUGAGGAUUCCUUGCGACCUUGGCACUGAUGUGGGCCAGUUGGAGGCAGUCGACGAAGACGGAAGGCAGACUGACUCCUCCUCUGCGACGACAACGACGACGACGAUACCUCGUCGUCCGCCUUCCAAGUCGUAAUAUCUUCUCUCUCAUCAUCACACCGCGCCUUCACUACAGGAUAGUCAGCCGCUCCAACCCUCUUAACUCUCAAGUCUUCGGAUCACUUACUACCAACUCCUCUUCAAACCAAUCCCCCUUUUCUUCGGAAACCCUACCAUCAAAAUGAAGUCCGCUGUCGUCCUCACCACCCUCCUCGCCUUGGCCGUCGCCAACCCCGUUGCCAUUGCCAACGUUGACAAUACCAACGCCGUCGCCAAGCGCAACGUCGAGAUUGAGGCUCGCCAGCUCGGUGCCAUCGCCCUCCCGACCCUUCCCGGCUUGGGUGCCUUGACCAACCUUGGCCUCCCCGGCCUCCCUAACCUUCCCAUCACCCCGGCCAACGUUGUUUCAAUUCUCACCAGCCUCCUGGCGGGUGUGCUCAGCGUUGUUGGUAACAUCCGCCAGGGUGUUCCCGGGGCCGGCGCCAUCCCCGGCCUUCCUGCCAUUCCCACCAUCCCCGGCGUCUCCCCUCCCGCCAUCCCCACCGGUGCUGUCAGCGCUGAGCAGCUCACGGCCUUGAUCGGUGCCCUCCAGGCCCAGGUCGCCAAUGCCACCUCCAUCGGCACCAACCUCCCCGGCGGUCUCAGCCUGGCCCAGCUCCAGCAGAUCCAGACCAUCAUCGCCACCAUCCAGGCCCAAAUCGCCCCUCUCAUCAGUGGCUCUGGUCUUCCUUCCCUUCCCGGUAAGUAAUACCUGUGCCAAUACCUUCGAACAAUAACUGAUGCUUCGGACUAGGCCUUCCCACUGGCGGUCUCCCCGACCUUGGUGGCCUGACCUCCGGCCUCGGCGCUCUCAGCGGCGUCCUCA